AUGGUCCAUCGUUCGACACAGAGAGCAGUGGUCAAGUGCUUGUGCUUAGCCGCUGCUAUUCGACUGCUAGUUGGGAACAUUCGGUUUUCUGGCGGACGAUCUAUCAGCAUUCUUACAUCAUACUUGAACGAAGCCGUGCUGCCGCCUUCGACGACUGUCGCCUCCCGUCCGGUGGAUGUGCUGCUGCCCAAUAAUAACAGUGCCGCGGCUGACACAAGAUUUUACCUGAUUCCUACGCCUGAAGUCACUGACUGGCUGCUUGGCAAUUUCUCGGAUGAAGGCUAUCACUUCUACGAUCGCGCUUUGAACGAGGACCAGGCCGAGCUUUGGUUGUACCGAUCUCUCCAGCUGCAUCCAAGUCGGACGACCGACCCCGAAAGAGCCGAUGUCUUUGUCAUUUGUGGGCUCCUCCACUGGAAUUAUCAUCGAAAUAAUAAUCGAUCCAUCAAACGACAUCCACAACGAAACACACGAGCUGAUCUGACGCAGGGUAGCUUUGAUGCCAAGGCAUUUGCCGAUGCAGUGGUACAACGAGUCACGGACCGGACCAAACCUCACCUAGUAGCUAUCCCCACCACAAACCCUGGUACCAGUCGGUACAUUGGGCUGAAAGCAAUUGUGAAAGCAUUGAUCAAGGGAGGUGUCACAAAUCUUUGGUCGUUGGGAUUCGAGCGCAACAAGUUCUGGCAAGGAUUGCCCCCCGAUCGAAUCAUACCAAUCCCGUAUGUGGUACAGUUUCCUCCCAGUGCACGAAACACCAGUGUAGAGAUGACAACAACUCGCAUCGAAUCUGACCCUGCACAUGUACACAACACGCGGAUACCCGAGUUUGUGUUUUACGCUGGCGAUAGAAGGGCUCAUGCAAUCGAAUGGUCUGGGUGUGACCGAUCCAUGGUCGUGCCCUUGGCAACAGAGGCCAACAUGGAUGUCAGAUUGAUUGACAGCGGCAAGCAGAAGAAAUCAAAAAGUAGCAGCACAAACAACACAACUUCGAGUGCUCGACUAUCCCAGGAAGAAUACAACUACAGGAUGGCAUCUAGUGAAUUCUGUUUGAUACUAUGUGGAGAUUCUCCGACAUCGCGGUCCUUGACAUCAGCCAUGGUCCAUGGAUGUAUUCCCCUUGUAGUAGGAAGUCGCUUGAGAGGACUCUGCGAACCUCCAUGUCGCAAGGGAUGGGGGUGGACCAUCAGUGGCAGUAACAAUCCACAUUUGCCAUUCGCGGAAUCUCUGAAUUGGACAAUGUUUCCAGAAGUGAAUGAGGCCCUCUUCCAACAAAGUCCCGCAAAAAUCUUGCAGGAGGAAAUCUCCCAAACAUCCGUCGAGCACAGGGACCACAUGAGAGCCAUGAUGAAUCAUCAUCGAAGUGCCUUCAUCUACGGAAGGGGAAAUCCUAUAAACUCGACGUCAUUUGGACAGGCGGUUCCCCACAUCUGGAAGUCAUUCUUGGAGGCACUGGAUCAAGCAUCUCUGAGAGACAGAAGUACUGUCUGA